UUAUUCUCUUCCAAUCCCACCACGCGCGCGUAAAUAGCAACGUGUCCGCCUAAUUUGCGCCGUUUCGUCUCUUCUCUUCUCUCCCUCUCCCUCGUUUCGGAUCAGGAAAGUCUGCGCGUGAGCCAGCCAGCCACCGAGCGAGCGUGUGUGUCCAGGAAAGGUUCAAGAUCGCGUCUCUCGGAUCGUGAGACCCCACGAGGAAAAAUCGGGCGAUCGUCGUUGGAUUCUUGUUCUGUGGCGCGAGUGCGGAUCGGGGGAGUUCUCUGGCGAGUGAAGGGCGAGCGAGGGAUCCGGGAGGUUGUUUGCGGAGGAGAGGGAUCUGAUCUGACCAGUGAGGCGGAGAUAUGGUUGCCGGGCCGGAGGUCAUGCAUCAGGUCGUUCCGAUGCUGGAGGCGCAGUUCCGCCGGUGCCCCGUCAGAGGGGCCGAGGAGGUCGUCGUCGGGGUCGGGGUCGGGGUGUCGUCGCCGCCGCCGCCGGUCGAUUCGCAAGCGCAGGUCGACCUCGAGGUGCCCGAUCUGGUCAAGACGCCUUUGGAGACGCUACAGUUUGUCCCCAAGAUUAGAUCUGGGAGCUUCGCUGAUAUUGGACCUAGGCGGUACAUGGAAGAUGAGCAUAUCAGAAUUGAUAAUCUUUCUGGUCAUCUUGGCUCACUAUUGCUGUGCCCGUCCCCUAAUGCCUUCUAUGGGGUUUUUGAUGGCCAUGGAGGUUCAGAUGCAGCAGCCUACAUGAAAAGGCAUGCCAUGAGGUUGUUCUUUGAGGAUUCAGAGUUCCCAGAAGGAUUGCAAGAAGAUGAAUUCUUUUCUGAAUCUGUUGCGAACUCAAUCCGCAAAGCGUUCUUGAGUGCAGACCUUGCUCUUGCAGACGAUUCAGUCAUCAGCCGAUCGUCGGGAACCACAGCUCUUACAGCUUUGAUCUUUGGAAGGCAGUUGUUGGUUGCAAAUGCUGGGGAUUGCCGAGCAGUUCUAUGCAGGAAAGGCAUGGCUAUGGAGAUGUCCCGUGAUCACAGGCCAACAUAUGAAGCAGAGCGUCAAAGGGUCACUGAGUGUGGGGGAUACAUCGAAGACGGCUACCUCAACGGAGUAUUGUCGGUGACUCGUGCUCUAGGGGAUUGGGACAUGAAAAUGCCUCAAGGCUCGCAGUCACCUCUGAUUGCUGAGCCAGAGUUCCAGCAGACCAUCCUCACAGAGGACGACGAGUUCCUCAUCAUAGGCUGCGACGGGAUAUGGGACGUCAUGACCAGCCAGCAGGCGGUGACCCUGGUCCGGAAGGGGCUCCGACGGCACGAUGACCCCGAGAGGUGCGCGAGGGAGCUCGCCAUGGAGGCGAAGAGGCUCCAGACCUUCGACAACCUGACGGUGAUUGUCAUUUGCUUUGCCUCCGAGCUCGGCGGGUGCCUGCGGACUUCGGAGGAGGCGUCAUCGAGGAGGAUAAGAUCUUGCAAGAGCCUGUCUGCUGAGGCCCUUUGCAACCUGAGGAGAUUGCUGGAGUCUGAUCAGUAGAUGAUUGCUGUAGGGCUUAUUGAGUUAUUGCCGACGGGUGUUAGAUGCCUCGUACGGCUGCGCUUGGGCAGCCAGCAAUUUUGUAGGGCAUCCGUCGUUUGUUCGUCGCAGUUUUUUUUUCUCCCUUUUUUUCGUUUCUUUUGUGUCGACUACUGCAGUAUUUGGUGUACAUACUCCAUUGGUUCAUGUACCGGUGAUCAGUUCGUUAGUGAUGAUUUAUGUCAGUGAGAAA